UCUCGGUUCUCCAGUUUUGGACUUUUGAAAAGAGGCUACAGGAGUCCAUCCGUUAGAGGUGGAGAUGCUCGGCUCUCAGGUGCAGGUUCUUGUUGUGGCCUUGAUUUCCUCCGUGGUGCUGGUGCAGGUCAGCGGUGCUCCACGCAGAGACAUGCUGACACUGAGAGCAGACGUGGCAAACGACAAGGAUCUCGCUUACUUGCUCUUGCUGAAGUUUGUGUCGGAGCUGACGGCCGCGAGAGGAGACGAGAUGCUCCCCGAGCUGGAGCUGGAGGGAGCGAGGGAGGAGGUGAUGCGGCGACAGCUCCCCCUCACCCAAAGAGAGCGGAAGGCCGGCUGUCGCAACUUCUUCUGGAAAACGUUCACCUCGUGUUAAUACACACACGCGCGCGCAAAAAAUAGCUGUUCCAGCUGGAGUACUUUUGUUUUUAAAUGUACUUUUUAAGGAUAAAUUCAUCCCGUGUUUGCUCACUUUGUUGUAACUGGAUCAUUUAUUGCAAGAUGCUAAACACACAGGCGUUUUGCCAAUUAUAAUACGGUAAUAAGGUUGUAUGUUUUGAGAUUGGAAAGCAUGUACACAGUGGCUAAAAUACAUUUUUCUGAUUUAAAAGGCUAUGUUUAAUUUUUCUUUGUCUUAAAGGGGUAUUCCUGUGAUUUUUUUUAUUGCACUUCCGCAAACGUUUGUAGACUUACAAGAGAUUAAUUUAACCAAGAGUCAUUAGGAUUGAAGCUCGACGGUCUGAGAUAUCCAAAACACUGGAUCCUACAUUUCCCAUAAUGCAACUUAAUUGCAUAUUUUGUCAGACCCUCCAGGUAAUCUGGUGACAAAUCAGUGGAGUGCACCUUUAAGUUUUGAACUGCAUUUGUAUAAAAAGUGACAAACAAAAACAAUUGACUUGACAUUUUAAUAUUUUUUUUUUUACUACAACCGGUAUUGGGAGAAAAACCACCCAUGUGUUCAACGCGCUCCCCCGUUAACGUAACUUCACCGUAUAAAGUCAUCGGUGGACCGACGUCUGCUGCUUUGAGCCGCAGGCUUUGAUCUGCAAGCUCCAAAAUUAACAGCAUUUCAAACUGAACACAGUGAGGAUAUUAAACGAUUUGAGUGUAAAGAAAACUAAAUGAUGUGAUUUGAAGAGUAUGACACAAGAGUUGGCGUGGGCUGGGAUAUAUAAGAAAAAAAGACACUUGGGGGCAUGAAUGAAAUGAUAACCUUGAUGAUCUAAUGCAGUAAAUAAAUUAAGAGACGAAGAAAACGCAACGGAACCGUUUUAGCAUGAUCCAAAAAAAAAAAAGAAAAAAAAAGAAAAAGCAGAAUUCACAGACGAACCCAGUUUAAAAAACAAUGAUGAUGAAACUGAAUGACAUCCUUGAGAUAAGGCCUUCAAAGCGUCUAAGCUGCUCUGGCCCUUUAAGUUAAACA